GCUAUACUAUUGUUUUCAUCAAUGACUUAUAUAGCUUGAUUUGUAAUUUCUGAAGCAGGAACCAAAGAACGUUCCGACCGAAGAAAAGCGCACCAUCAGGCAGUAAGGGGGCACAACUGAGAAAGCAUAUCGAUGCAACUCUAGGCAGUGGAAACCUGAGAGAAGCUGUAAGGCUACCCCCUGGGGAGGAUUUCAAUGAAUGGCUUGCCGUAAACACUGUUGACUUCUUCAACCAGGUGAAUCUGCUCUAUGGAACCCUCACAGAGUUCUGCACGCCAGAGAUCUGUCCAACAAUGUCUGCUGGCCCCAAGUACGAGUACAGAUGGGCAGAUGGUGUACAAAUCAAGAAACCUAUCGAGGUUUCAGCUCCUAAAUAUGUCGAGUAUUUGAUGGACUGGAUCGAAACCCAGUUGGAUGAUGAAUCCAUAUUUCCUCAAAAGCUUGGCACGCCUUUUCCCUCCAACUUCAGGGAUGUUGUGAAGACCAUAUUCAAACGCCUGUUCCGUGUAUAUGCACAUAUAUACCAUUCUCAUUUUCAGAAGAUUGUGAGUCUUAAAGAGGAGGCUCAUCUAAAUACCUGCUUCAAGCAUUUUAUACUGUUUACCUGUGAGUUCGGGCUGAUUGACAAGAAGGAGCUGGCUCCACUUCAAGAGCUCAUAGAAUCCAUUAUUCCUUAUUGAGCGUGCCUUGUAUUUGUCUGUCUGAACUGACAUUAUGUAGGAACAAAAUGAAAUGAUGUGAUCCUAUAAUCGUGUGCAUACUGUUCCUGGGAUAGUCUUAUUUGAAUACUUUCAAGCCCUUGUUUGAUCCCCAUUUUGGAGGAAAAAAUGAAUUUUUCACUAGUGUAUU